CCCAUUUCCUGUACCAGACGAAGUACGAGUGCCACUUUCUCAACGGGACGCAGCGGGUGCGGUACGUGUACCGGGAUAUCUACGACCGGCAGGAGAUCCUCCGCUUCGACAGCGCCCGCGGGGAGUACGAGGCCGUCACGGCGUUGGGGAAGGCGGAUGUGGAGGAUUUCAACAGGGAUAAGCACGAGCUGCAGUACCAGAAGGCCUCCGUGGAUCGCUUCUGCCGACACAACUACAAGACUCUCCAGGGCGGCUUCGUGAUUGGCUGGAGAG